AUGAAUGCCGCAGAACCGCCUCACGAGCUGACACCUGUUGCUGCUAUGCCUAAAGAAGGAACCAAUCAAGUGACGCGUCAAGUUAGGCAGCGCGUGCAAUCGCGCGUCGGACACUCAAAAGCUCCCGAGGAGCGGGUUGUCCGCCACACUGCGAAGCAGAAGACAGUUUCAUCACAAUCUCCUCAGGCGAAGCCGAAAAAGAAGAAGACCAAGACUGAACCUCUGAGCGAGUACGAGCAGAUGUUUCUGUCUUGCGUCGUACCAGGUCACGUCGUCAGCGACCUGGACACCCCCGAGUUUGACGCCGCCUGCACGAGAAUGGAGCAGGCCUGGGAUGGGACUCUCCCCGAGGGCGCAGAACCGCCUGUGUACGCAAGUCACUACAGCUACCUCCCCGAGCAAUAUCGCAUCCCGCAGGGCACCGUCAUCCCGCCCGGCGCCCCGGCGACCUCGAACGGAGGCACUCAACGCAAUAUCUUAUGGAGCGAGGAGACGACGGACCUCGCGCUUCUGGCCGAAUUCGGCAGCAUUGAGCUGGGGAGGAAAUGGUUGCGUCAUGUUACUGAGAAUGCGGAUACCAUUGGGGGAACGCCCCACCCGGACGAUCCGUCCAUUCGCACCAUCGCAAUCCCCGGCCGCACGUAUCACCUCCGACUAUGGACUGGUGGCAUGGAUCAAUCGCGACUGGUCUGCUGGAACUUCAUGGACAACAAGACCGGCAAACCUCGCUUGCGGCCGUCCAAACUGAAGAUCUACGGUGUCAUUGAAGGCGAGCGAACACGCCUUGCCUCGUUGGAGGAAGGCUGCAACUUCGAUCUGAAAAAGUCCAAGUGGCCGGAAGGCGCGACUGAGACGUUCUGCGCCGAAGACGGUACUAUCGUCGACUUCAUCACCGGGAAUAGCUCGCUUUUGCGACUACAGCUCCCGUCUCGUCCGUUCGCAGGACCCCCGCGCAUCAAGAAGUAUCGGGAGUACAAAAUAUUACCUAUCGAGGACGAUGACGAUGAUGACGAAGAGGAUGGCGAGAAACUGAACGGUGGCGAGGAAGGGGAAGACUGAGCUCUGCGUCACGCGCUCAAACCACGCUGUACAUCUACUGCUCACGCUUGCAAAUGAGAAAUCCGUGACCACGGCAUUAUUCAACUCCCCGCAAUCGUAGGCUACGACAGGGUAGACAGAAGUAUUGCACUGGUAUAUUUUGCUUUAU